AUGUCUACGUCCUAUUAUCGUCGUCAUAUCCAGCAUCGGCCCACUUCAUUCCCUCCAUCUUUCUCGCUGUUAAACGAAGACAUUACAACAAAAAUUCUAUCUAUCUAUCUAUCUAUCUAUUUAUCUAUCUAUCUAUCUAUCUCAUCCCAUCCCUAUCUAUCUAUCUAUCUAUCUAUCUCAUUCCAUCCCUAUCUAUGUAUCUAUCUAUCUAUCCCAGUCUGUUCAUAUCUCUCUCUCUCUCUCUCUCUCUCUCUCUCUCUCUCCAUCUAUCCAGUCUAUCAUAUCUUUCUAUCUAUCUAUCUAUCUAUCUAUCUAUCUCAUUCCAUCCCUAUCUAUCUAUCCCAGUCUGUUCAUCUCUCUCUCUCUCUCUCUCUCUCUCAACCUAUCCCAUUCUGUUCAUAUUCUAUCUAUCUAUCUAUCUAUCUAUCUAUCUAUCUAUCUAUCUAUCUAUUAUUUUUUUUUCCUACACAUUGGCGUCGUCUUUGCUUUGUUGUUUCUUUUCGCCAUUCAUUCUUGACAUCGUUCAUUUUAAUUUGUCCUUUUAUUCAUUCUUUCUUACCGCCGUUCUUUCUUCGUAUUGAAAUUCUUUCUUCUCUGCUUCAUUUCUUCCUUUCGUUUCUUCUUUUGUUCAUUCUUUACGUCUAUAUUUCCUUUCUUUUUACCUUCGUUUUUAUAGCCUUUUCUUUACAUCGCUUAUUCUCUUUUGUUUUGAUUUUCUUUAUUUCUUUGCUUUCAUCCAUUUUUCUUUCCCUUUUAAAUCUUUUGUUUAACUUCUUAUUAUCUUCUGUUCUUCUUUCGUCCUUUCUUUACUGUUUCCUUCAUUCCUUCUUUGAUUUUUCUUCAUUUCAUAUUUACUUCAUUGGCUCAUAG